AUGGAUACAUCAAUGGAGCAAGAUCAAGUACCAUUUCUUAGUUCAUCUUCACAUGGAAUUGAUAUGAUAGAAGGUGAAAUGUCAUCAUCUUCAAAUCGAACUAAUCAAAAUGGUUUAUCCACACUUGAUGAACCUGUUAUAGAUACAAUAAAACGUGACCUUGGUGCCGUUUUUCGAAAAUUUGGUUAUGCUGUUAUACCACGUCAUUCAUCUACACUUUUACAACAGUGGGAUCUAUGGGGUCCGCUUAUUUUAGUUACAACAUUAGCAAUUCUUCUUCAAAGUAGUGCAACUAAAUCAAGUACUGGUGUACAAUUUGCUGAAGUAUUUACAUUGAUGCUCAUUGGUUCAAUUGCUGUUACAGUGAAUUCUCAAUUACUCGGUGGAAAAAUUUCAUUUUUUCAAUCUGUUUGUGUUCUUGGUUAUUGCUUAUUACCAUUGUUAUUAUCAGCAUUUAUAAAUAAUAUUCUACUAUACAUUCCAACUAAAUCAACAAUCCCUAUUUUACAUAUUAUACGAUUUUUAAUUGUGAUGACUGCUUUUGCAUGGACUAUGUAUGCUAGUGUUCGUUUUCUUGGACAAACUCAACAUCCUAAUCGUCGUAUGCUUGUACUCUAUCCGAUAUUUUUAUUUUAUUUUCUCAUUGCUUGGCUUAUUAUUCUUCAUGCACAUCCAAAAUAA